GAUGACUUUGAAAACAGUCACUUCCUCUUUCUGGGCUACAGUCUUCUCAUCAGCGACUGAAGGGCCUGCAGUACCUCCAACAUUCCUUCAGGUGAGGACUUCUCUUUGAUCCCUGCUAUGGUUUCAAUGUGUCUUCCAAAGUUCAUGUGUUGGAAACUUAAAACCAGUGCAAAAGCGUUGGGAGGGGAGGCCUAAUGAGAAGUGAUUAGGCCAUGAGUAUUCUGACUUCAUGGAUAGAUUCAUGUCAUUAUCGUGGGAGUGGUUUGUUAAAAUGAGUUCAGCCCCUUCUUUCUCUUUCUUCUGCACUGCACUAUGGGAUGCACGGUCCAGAAGGUCUCACCAGAUGCUGGCACCAUGCUUUUGGACUUCCCAGACUCCAGAACCAUGAGCUGAAUAAAUUUCUGUUUAUUAUAAAUUACCCAGUCUGUGGCACCCUGUUAGAGCAGCAUAAAGUGGACUAAGACAAUCCCUAUAAAGAGUGGCAAAAGAAUAGUUGCCACUCACUGGCAGAAUCCUAUGAGCAACUAGUAAUGUCUGCCAGAGAUGGAGGAUGAGUGGCACCAACAUGUAUGGUGUGUUUGCUGACUGCUCUACAGGAGUCAACCAGAAUCUCCAGAUCUGUGUGAGGACCAAGAGCUGGGGACAGAAGCAGCGCUCUAGAGGGGAACGUUCCAUUCAGAUGCCUUGUUUUGUUUUGUUUUAAAGAGCUGCUCUGUGAGAGGACAGGGAGAAAAUUGACCGUACAGGUCACGGAUACUCAGCUCAGCUCAGUCUCAGGGAGGCACUCCAGCAUUUAUUCAUCCAAAAAAGAGAAUUACAUCCAGGUGAAAGGAGAACCCCAGAAUACCCACCUACUUUAAAAAUUCUCCCCUAUGCAUAUUCGGGAACCAGUAAGAGGACUUGUAAUGCUCUGUGAGUAGAAAGGGAAGGGGAAUAGGAAAGAAAAAAGUGAAGCUUGGAAUGGUGGAAAGUACAUGGGCUCUGCCAUUUGCCAGCUGUGUGAUCCUGGGCAAGUAACUCAACCUCUCUGAGCCUUGGUUUCCUCUUUGGUGAAAUGAGGACUAAUAAUCCAUUUCUCCCUCAGUACAGACAGCUAGCAUGCAGUGAGCACUCAGUGAUGGCCAAGUAGAGGAGAAGCCAGGGUGGAAUGAACAUACGGGACCAUUUUGUGCAGGGUCGCAGUGCCAAGAAGCCACUGGUGCCCUGGGCUUCUGGGCCGAACACAGGCUUGGCUCCUUCUCCAGAUGGUGUUCCAAGCAGCCACUUCCAGCGAAGCAGCGUUGGCCCGAAAACUAGAACCUCUUUGUGGUCUCUGCAAACAAGACAAUGACAAAUAUAUGAGUAGGGAUGGGAAAGAGGAGAUCCUUUAUAGGGCAGGGAGGGGUGGGCACUUGGGUGUGACCAAGGAAAGGUGUGCCUGGUUCACAGCUCUCCCUGGCCGGUGUCCAGCUCCCCUCCUCUCACAGGGGGAAUGGGGCAUCUCAGGGAUGGCCUGUUUCCCCCAUAGGGGAAACAGCACUCGUUGUCUUUGAAACAGCGUGGGAGCCGAGGCGUCCAGGAGGGGCGCAGAGGCAGGCAGGCUUCCUUUGGGCCCAUCCUGCAGCUGGUGGGGAGGCUCCCUGCCUGGUAACGAAGGCCUGAGGGUGAGUUGUGAAACCCAGCAGGAAAGCUGGCUCACCUUCGCCUCCCCUUGCGGCUGGGAGGAGAGGAAAUAUCCCUGGCUGACUGUGCCAAGGCGGUGUCUGAGCCAGCCCUCCCAGCCCGAGGGCAGGGCAGGUAGCCCUGAGAGAUAAGCCAAUCCCGGGGCUGCAGAUGAGGAGCUCUGAGAAGCGCUGCUCAGGACAGCGGGAAGUCACUUCUCAGAGCCGCCCUGCACGCUGGGCCUGGGAGCAGGCAGCCUCCCGGUGGGUGCGGGAGCCUCACUCCUCCAGGGUGCGGUCCACUGGCUUCCCACAUCUGCAGGAGCUGACGUGCCAGCUUCCCCCAGUACCACCCAGGGACGGGCAGCAUGAGCCGGUCGAGGCACCUGGGCAAAAUCCGGAAGCGUCUGGAAGAUGUCAAGAGCCAGUGGGUCCAGCCAGCCAAGGUUGACUUCAGUGACAAUGAGAGCGUCCGGCUGGCCACAGACGCCCUCUUGGAUGGGGGUCCUGAAGCCUACUGGCGAGCGCUCAGCCAGGAAGGUGAGGUGGACUUCCUGUCCUCAGUGGAGGCCCAGUACAUCCAGGCCCAGGUCAGGGAGCCUCCCUGCCCCCCAGAACCUCUGGGAGGGGCCGAGCCAGGCCUUAAGGCGCUGGACUCCAGCUCCCUGCAGUCAGGCACCUACUUCCCCGUGGCUUCGGAGGGCAGUGAGCCGGCCCUACUGCACAGCUGGGCCUCGGCCGAGAAGCCCUACCUGAAGGAAAAAUCCAGUGCUACUGUAUACUUCCAGACCGACAAGCACAACAACAUCAGAGACCUCAUCCGCCGCUGCAUCACCCGGACCAGCCAGGUACUGGUCAUCCUGAUGGAUGUGUUCACGGAUGUGGAGAUCUUCUGUGACAUUCUAGAGGCAGCCAACAAGCGUGGGGUGUUCGUUUGUGUGCUCCUGGACCAGGGAGGUGUGAAGCUCUUCCAGGAAAUGUGUGACAAAGUCCAGAUCUCUGACAGUCACCUCAAGAACAUUUCCAUCCGAAGUGUGGAAGGAGAGGUGUACUGUGCCAAGUCAGGCAGGAAAUUCGCGGGCCAAAUCCUGGAGAAGUUCAUCAUCUCAGACUGGAGGUUCGUCCUGUCUGGAUCUUACAGGUGAGCCCUGGAUUCAUCUCGGGUCAAGGAUUCGUGGAGGACAAAGGCAGAGUGAGGUGCAGACCAGCUGCUCACACACACACCACCAGCAGCUCCCAGGACGUCUCCCUCUGGCUGGAGCUGGAGCUGCUUCACAUAAAUGGGGUGAGAGGCAGGA